GUCUCGAAGGUAUUUUUUAAAGUCAGUUUCAGCAGUUUCUAUACUUGGACCAUCCGGAUCGACGCGUUUUGUGCAUAUGCAUCAUUCAUAAUUCCUGGAGAUUUUUGACUCUGGUGGUUCGCAACGGUGUUAUUGAAGGCAGACAGCUGAUAAGUCGAUUGUCUCAAACACUUGCCUUCUCUGAAACAAUAUGUUUAACACGAGGACGAUUCAAUUUCGCAAAAAGCCCCUUCUUGCAAUAGCUGGGUUGUCAAUUUGUCUUAUCCUUUGGAUGGUACUUCGCUAUCAUACAUCCAUGCCAAUGGAGAAGCGUGUUUUAAGGACAGAGAAAGGGCAGUUCAUGCUCGAGGGAAAACCGUUUCGUAUUCUUAGUGGUUCGAUUCACUAUUUUAGAGUUGUACCGGAGUAUUGGAGGGAUCGACUUCUGAAGCUAAAAGCUAUGGGACUGAACACGGUUGAAACUUACGUUCCAUGGAAUCGUCACGAAGAAGUGAAAGGACAAUUUAACUUCAAAGGAAUCUUGGAUAUGGUUAAAUUCAUCAAAAUAGCCCAUUCACUUGGGUUAUAUGUGAUUGUUCGUCCUGGACCUUAUAUCUGCGCUGAAUGGGAUCUUGGAGGACUGCCCAGUUGGCUGUUACAUGAUCCUAAAAUGAAACUCAGAUCCAUGUACCCUCCAUUUCUCCAUGCUGUGCAGAAAUAUUUUAAGAAACUUCUUCCAAAGCUUGUCCCUCUUCAGUUUUCUCAUGGAGGUCCAAUUAUAGCUUUCCAAGUCGAAAAUGAAUAUGGCAGCUUUGGUGAUACAGAUCUCAGCCCAGAUUAUAUGGCUUAUCUCAAAACACUUAUGGUUAAUGAAGGAAUCUCAGAGCUUUUGUUCACAUCAGAUGGUGUUUUCCAAAUGGAGCAAAAAUACUUUCCUGAGUUACCUGGAGUGUUGAAAACUGCAAACUUCCAGCGGAAUGAGACUGUUAAUCUUAACAGACUAAAGAAACUUCAGCCAGACAAGCCAUUAAUGGUGGCAGAAUUCUGGCCAGGAUGGUUCGACCACUGGGGGGAACAACAUCACAAGAUGGAAGUAGAUAAGGUGGUCACUAGAGUGUCGAACAUACUUAGAAUGGGAGCAUCUAUCAACCUCUUCAUGUUUCAUGGUGGAACAAAUUUUGGCUUCAUGAAUGGUGCCAACGCCAUACAAAAUCAGUUCAAGUACCAGCCAACUGUUACUUCUUAUGAUUAUGAUGCACCACUAUCAGAAGCUGGGGAUGUCACUGAGAAGUUUCUUGCUUUGAGAAAAGUUUUUCAAAAGUACAAUUCACCAAAAGAUGAGAAACAAGUGUCAUUGGGUGACUAUCAAAGAAGAGAAGCAUAUGAGGAUGUGGAGAUACAGCAUUUUCUGGAGCUUGGAGAAUUCAUAAACUUAUUUGAACCUGUUAAAACAGAGAAUGUUAUGUCCAUGGAAGGCCUUCCAAUUAACAACAAUGGUGGACAAGGGUAUGGCUUCAUUUUGUAUCAAAAAGAACUUGACAGUGUUCCGGACGAAAUCAUCAUCCAUAACGUCAGCGACCGAGCGCAGGUUUUUCUUGAUUUUCAGCUGGUCUAUACCAUUGACUACAUGAAACGAGAGGAGAAGAUACAAUACAUUGAUGAAAAAGAGCUUUGGAAGGUGUCAAUAAAAACAAACCUGGAACAACUGCGUCGAAAGAAGCACGAUAAAGUUCAGCUCGAUAUUCUGGUUGAAAACAUGGGGCGAGUUAACUUUCUGAAGGAAAUGAACAGACAGCGAAAAGGCAUACUCGGUGAUAUCCUAGUCGAUGGAAAAAAGCAAACGGGCUGGAAAACUUAUCCAAUGGACUUCAAGGAAGGCUUUUUCGACAAAUUGAGCACGCGGUCAGAAUGGAGGAAAAUUAAAGAAGGUGAAUUGCCAACCAUUCCUUCGAUAUACCGUGGUACAUUUGGGGUCACGGGUGAGCCUAAGGACACCUUUUUGCAUAUGAAAAGUUGGACCAAAGGCGUGUGUUUCGUUAAUGGCCACAAUCUGGGCAGGUACUGGAAUAUUGGGCCACAGGAGACAUUAUACUUACCAGCUCCAUGGCUGCGCAAAGGGGAGAACGAGGUAGAUGUAUUGAACAAGGAAUAUGGUAAACUUUGCGCUCCGUAAUGAAUUCAGAGAAAGCUGUUUUUGGUCAUGUUACAAGCCUGGGACAAAGAAAAAAAUAAAAACGUCUAGGUCCCCGUGUGGAAUCGCACCUCAGAUGUUCAAAUCCCUCCUGCAUGGAGACUUGGAUGUUUUUUUUUGUCUCUCGCUCUGAUCUAUCAACCCGUUGACCCCUGAAAGUGAUUGGCACUAAUUUCUCCUUACUACAUCACUCCUGAAUCAAACAGUAAGGUCACGAGAAUAAACGAAAUGAUCACCAAUUAAAGAAGUUCUUGAUUGUCAAACAAAUUCUCUGUGUGAGCACCUUAGGAAAUGUAAUAAAAACAGUAUGGAGAAUAUACAUACUGAUGUUAGAGGGUAAAGGGUCAAGAGGGUGGCGAUAGUCUUUUUAGUCCAAUUAAAGUGCACAGUAAAGCAAAGCCUGAACAAUUCCAGAUUACUAUCGACACAAUUGAGAAUUGCUCUAAUUGCCACGCGAUCCCAUUUCACGCUUUUCUUUCUAGCAAUUAGUCACUUCACUUGGCAAGCUUAUACUUGGAAAGCUUACGUUCUUAAUUCUUUUCCUUUCCCUUUCAGCUGUUGAUUUUUGAACUAGAGAAGUGCGAAGUUCCUGACGUACCAUUUGUGACAGAGCCAAAGAACAAAGGAAAACCUCUUUUAGUGCUAUAAUGAGGAGUCUCUGACGCUUACUUAGCAGAGAACGGGGCAACCUCGUUCCCAGGGUUCUCUCUAUUCCUUUGUCAAGGAAAUACGUUCUCGAGAGAGAGAAAGAGAGGGAACCCUGGGAACAAGGUUGGAAAUAGAGUCAGUGUGGAAUGACAUGACACUUAAUCAUAUAAAAUCCACCAAAAGUGUGGAGGCUGUAGAGUCAUUGAACGAGCAAGCUCGUCGGUUUUUUUAGGGGGAGGGGGUCAUAUUUAUCUCCUCUCCACCACUGUGGUGCUGGUCCGAAAUUCGACACGUUCAUGAAGCAAACUUUUUAAAUAGAGAGAGAACAGAAUCUCUCGAUGAAGACAUAUUAUUCACGUUGUGCGGAUUACUUUUCAGGGUUUACAUUUAUAUAGGAUUUUUCGUACCAAAAUUGUUGAACGGCGGGAAGACAUUUUUAAGAGAUAGUCAGUAUUAUGUCAACAGAAUAUAAUAUGAAUUAAUCAAAAUUGAAAUUUUGAAACAGGUAUCAAUAUUCAAGUCUAAAUUUGAAAACUGGAUGUAUAGAAGUUAAAUAACAUCAGUAGCAGCACAGA